AUGCCUUACAUCAGCGCCGAUCAGUUCACUGAUCUUGACGUCGACGCUGAGGCUGAGGCCCACCUUGAGAGUGAUGAGGUUGCCAAGCAUGCGACCCUUUCAGAUGAACCCUGUGCAGACGGCGACGAGACUGAAGCUCAAACGUUCGACGACAUGAACAUGGCCACACACUUGAUUGAUGGGAACGAGGACGUCAAUGAUUUGUCCGAUGGCUCGGCGAUUCCCUCCCCGAAGUCCAGCAACAACGCAGUGGCGACCGCUAUCGCGCCAACCUCAUCCCCCGAGCCGACGCCUGUCCCGAAGAUAGCGCCCAGAAAGAGAGGCCGACCCCGAAAAUACCCUCUUCCCGAUGUCGUUGCCAACGUUGCCGAAGUCCCUGGUUCGGUUAGUGCCAGCACUCCUCCCCGCAAAAGAGGCCGCCCGGCCAAGAAUCCUGUUGGUGAUGCUGCGACGACCGCGUCCCAGGGUAGCGCUGUCACUGAUUUCUCCCCCCGAAAGAGAGGACGUCCAGCGAAGAACUCGCCCGCGUCAAUCAGUAAUCGACUGGUGGCCGCAACCCGACGCGGACGUACUAAGGUUGUCACCGAGAGCCAGCAGUCUCCGCUCGCACCUGCUUCCGAUUUUGACCAGUCACCCUCCUUCACUCGUAGCUUUCCAAGCCUUUCCCGAGCCACCACCAGCUCGUUCAUACCGGUCAACCCUAUGCGUAACACCUCUUCGGCCAAACAUGUGGGAUUUGCCGACGCCGCGUCCACCGUUUCGCCGGAGGACCGCACGGGUCCUUGUUCCUGCGACUCUGUCAGAGGAAUCAUUCGAGAUGUCUUUUUCAAGAACGCCAUCCAGGAGCAGGACGUGUGGGUGCUUCCCCAGCCCGCCGCUCUCGAGAUGCACCGAUUCUUUGGCUAUGGCACACCGGCACCACAGAGCGAUCUGAUGGUACCUAUCGAGAACGUUGAGACGAUUCGCCACCUGCUUUUCGAAGCCGAGAACUAA